AUGAAUCUGAUUCGAUAGAGUGAUACUAUUGAUGACAAGCUCAAAAAGUGGUAAUAAGUUCAAAAAAAGAAGUAUGCUGAAAAAAGAAAGUUUGGGUUUGUUGAAGGAUAGAAAGAGCCUCAACCUCCUGAAAUUUUAAGGUAGAAGAUUUUUUUAAUGAAUUUAGGAAAAUUUUUAAGGAUCAUGGAAAUUUAGAAUCUAAGAAAUAUAGAUAAGAUAAGAGAGUAUAUUUGGGUGCAUUGAAGUAUAUGCCACAUGCAAUAUAUAAAUUAUUGGAAAAUAUGCCUAUGCCAUGGGAAUAAGUAAGAACUGUAAAGGUUCUUUAUCACAUUACAGGAUGCAUCACAUUUUGUUAUGAGAUACCAAAAGUGAUUGAACCUGUAUAUACAGCUUAAUGGGGUACAAUGUGGGUAAUGAUGAGAAGAGAAAAAAGAGAUAGAAGAAAUUUUAAAAGAAUGAGAUUUCCUCCAUUUGAUGAUGAAGAAAUUCCAUUAGAUUAUGGAGAUAAUAUCUUAGAUGUUGAACCUUUGGAACCUAUUCAAAUGGAAUUAGAUGAAAGAGAAGAUAAUGCUGUUUUUGAUUGGUUUUAUGAUCAUUAACCAUUAAGAUAUACAAAGUUAUUGAAUGGACCAAGUUAUCGUUCUUGGUAAUUAACAUUGGAAGUUUAACAAAAUUUAUUUAGAUUGGCAAAUCAAUUAUUGUCAGAUAUAGUUGAUUAGAAUUACUUCUAUUUAUUUUAAUUACAAUCCCUUUACACUGCAAAAGCAUUGAAUAUGGCUAUUCCUGGAGGACCUAAAUUUGAGCCUCUUUAUAGAGAUAUAUUUGAAGAGGAUGAAGAUUGGAAUGAAUUUAAUGACAUCAAUAAGAUUAUUAUUAGAUAAUAAAUUAGAAGUGAAUACAAAAUAGCAUUUCCAUUUUUAUAUAAUUCAAGACCAAGAAGUGUAGCUAUUGCUCCAUAUCAUUAUCCAGCUAAUGUAUUUAUUAAAUAAGAUAAUCCUGAAAUACCAACAUAUAAUUUUGACCCUGUGAUAAAUCCAAUAUCUGCAUAUAGAACAUAGAGUAGAAAGAUAGAUGUUCAAAUAGAUGAUAAUGAAUUGGACAUUGAAAUUGGAGAUGGAUUUGUACCAUUAUUAAAUGAAACAGAAUUAUCUGAUGAAUAAACAACUGCAUCUAUUGCUCUAUUAUGGGCUCCAACUCCUUUCAAUCAAAGAACUGGUAAGACUAGAAGAGCCUUUGAUAUUCCUUUAGUGGCACCUUGGUUUAAAGAAAGAUGCAAUCCAUAAUAUCCUGUAAAGGUUAGAGUUUCAUAUUAAAAAUUAUUGAAAUGUUGGGUUUUGAAUAGUCUUCACAAAAGAAAACCAAAGUGUUAAAAUAAAAGAAAUUUAUUGAAAGCAUUUUAAGCAACAAAGUUCUUUUAAUUAACAGAGAUUGAUUGGGUUGAAUGUGGUUUAUAAAUAGCUCGUUAAGGUUAUAAUAUGUUAAAUUUAUUGAUUCAUAGAAAAAAUUUAAAUUAUUUGCAUUUAGAUUACAAUUUUUAAUUGAAACCAGUAAAAACAUUAACAACAAAAGAAAGAAAGAAGUCAAGAUUUGGUAAUGCAUUUCAUUUGUGCAGAGAGAUUUUAAGAUUAAUGAAGUUAGCAUGUGAUAGUCAUGUAUAAUAUAGAUUAGGUAAUAUUGAUGCAUUUUAAUUGGCUGAUGGAUUAUAAUAUGUAUUCUCUCAUGUUGGUUUAGUGACAGGUAUGUAUCGUUACAAAUACAGAUUGAUGAGAUAAAUUAGAAUGUGUAAGGAUUUGAAACAUGUUAUUUAUUAUCGUUUCAAUACUGGUCCAGUUGGUAAAGGACCUGGAGUAGGAUUUUGGACACCUGUGUGGAGAGUAUGGUUAUUCUUUUUAAGAGGAAUUAUUCCAUUAUUGGAGAGAUGGUUAGGAAAUUUAUUGGCUCGUACAUUCGAAGGAAGACAUUCAAAGGGAAUAUCUAAGACUGUUACAAAAUAGAGAGUGGAAUCAUAAUUUGAUUUAGAAUUAAGAGCAGCUGUUAUGUCUGAUAUAAUUGAUAUGAUGCCUGAAGGAGUAAGAGCUAAUAAAGCAAAGACAAUUUUAUAACAUUUGAGUGAAGCAUGGAGAUGUUGGAAAGCUAAUAUUCCAUGGAAAGUUCCAGGUUUACCUGCUCCAAUAGAAAACAUUAUAUUAAGAUAUGUUAAAUAUAAGGCAGAUUAUUAUACAAAUUCAGCAUAUUAUAAUAGAGAACGUAUAAGAAGAGGAGCCACAGUUGAUAAAACAGUAUGUAAAAAGAAUUUAGGAAGAUUAACACGUUUAUUUUUAAAAUAAGAAUAAGAACGAUAACAUAACUUUAUGAAAGAUGGUCCAUAUUUAACAACUGAAGAUGCAGUUGCCAUAUAUACAGCCUUAGUCAGAUGGUUAGAAAGUAGAAAAUUCAUUCAUAUUCCCUAUCCUCCUGUAAAUUAUAAACAUGAUACUAAAUUAUUCUUAUUGGCUUUAGAGAGAUUAAAGGAAGCUUAUUCAGUUAAAAGUAGAUUAAAUCAAAGUUAAAGGGAAGAAUUAGCAUUGAUAGAAUAAGCUUAUGAUAAUCCACAUGAAGCAUUGAGCAGAGUAAAGAGACAUCUAUUAACUUAAAGAGUAUUCAAAGAAGUGAGACUAGAAUUUAUGGAUCUUUAUUCUCAUUUAGUUCCUGUUUAUGAUGUAGAACCUUUAGAAAAGAUUACAGAUGCUUAUCUAGAUUAAUAUUUGUUUUAUGAAGCUGAUAAACGAAGACUCUUUCCUAAUUGGAUUAAACCAAGUGAUAGUGAACCACCUCCUUUAUUAGUAUAUAAAUGGUGUUAAGGUAUUAAUAAUUUACAUGGAAUUUGGGAUGUUUCUGAUGGUUAAUGUGUAGUACUGUUGGAAAGUAAAUUUGAAAAGGUUUAUGAAAAGAUUGAUUAAACAUUAUUAAAUAGAUUGUUGAGAUUGAUUGUUGAUCAUAAUAUAGCAGAUUAUAUGACAGCUAAAAAUAAUGUCGUAAUUACUUAUAAAGAUAUGAAUCAUACUAAUGUUCAUGGUGUAUUACAUGGUAUCUAGUUUACUAGUUUUAUUAUGCAAUUUUAUGGUAUGGUAUUGGAUUUAUUGAUUUUGGGUUUAAAUAGAGCAUAAGAUUUGGCUGGUCCAUAUAAUAAUCCUCAUGAAUUCAUGACUUAUUCUAAUAUUCAAUAAGAAAUUAGACAUCCAAUUAGAUUAUAUUGUAGAUAUAUCGAUAAAAUAUUUAUGGUAUUCAGAUUUACAUCAGAGGAAGCAAGAGAAUUAAUUUAAAGAUAUUUAACAGAGAAUCCAGAUCCUAAUAAUGAAAAUAUUGUUGGAUAUAAUAAUAAGAAAUGUUGGCCAAAAGAUUGUAGAAUGAGAUUAAUGAAACAUGAUGUAAAUUUAGGAAGAGCUGUCUUUUGGGAUAUUAAAAAUAGAUUACCAAGAUGUUUGACUACAUUAUCUUGGGAACAUUCUUUUGUUUCUGUAUAUUCAAAGGAUAAUCCAAAUUUCUUAUUUAAUAUGUGUGGAUUUGAGGUGAGAAUCUUACCUAAGAUUAGAGGUACAUAAGAAGAAUUCUCAGAAAAAGAUGGUGUUUGGAAAUUAUAGAAUGAAUCAAGUAAAGAAAUAACUGCUGUUGCAUUUUUAAGAGUAGAUGAAGAAAGUAUGAAGAAAUAUGAAAAUAGAAUUAGAUAAAUAUUGAUGGCAAGUGGUAGUACAACAUUUACCAAAAUAGCCAAUAAAUGGAAUACAACAUUAAUAGGAUUAAUGACAUAUUAUAGAGAAUCAGCAGUUCAUACAGAAUAAUUAUUAGAUCUCUUAGUAAAAUGUGAAAAUAAGAUAUAAACUAGAAUUAAGAUAGGUUUGAAUUCUAAGAUGCCAUCACGUUUCCCACCUGUUGUAUUUUAUACUCCAAAAGAAUUAGGUGGUUUAGGUAUGUUAUCAAUGGGACAUAUCUUGAUACCAUAAUCAGAUUUGAGAUUUUCAAAAUAAACUGAUACAGGUAUUACUCAUUACAGAGCUGGUAUGAGUCAUGAUGAAGAUUAAUUAAUUCCUAAUCUAUAUAGAUAUAUCUAAACUUGGGAGAGUGAAUUUAUAGAUAGUUAAAGAGUUUGGGCUGAAUAUGCUUUAAAACGAUAAGAAGCAUAAGUAUAAAAUAGAAGAUUAACAUUGGAUGAUUUGGAAGAUAGUUGGGAUCAUGGUAUACCAAGAAUUAAUACAUUAUUCUAAAAGGAUAGAUUAACAUUAGCAUAUGAUAAGGGAUGGAGAGUUAGAUAAGAUUUCAAACAAUUUUAAAUGUUGAAAUAGAAUCCAUUUUGGUGGACUCAUUAAAGACAUGAUGGCAAAUUAUGGAAUCUCAAUAAUUAUAGAACUGAUAUGAUCUAAGCUUUAGGAGGAGUAGAAGGUAUAUUGGAACACACAUUAUUCAAGGGAACCUAUUUUCCAACUUGGGAAGGUUUGUUUUGGGAAAAGGCAAGUGGAUUUGAAGAGAGUAUGAGAUUUAAGAAAUUGACACAUGCUUAACGUUCAGGUUUGAAUUAGAUUCCAAAUAGAAGAUUCACUCUAUGGUGGUCACCUACUGUUAAUAGGGCUAAUGUAUAUAUAGGAUUUUAAGUCUAAUUGGAUUUAACAGGUAUAUUUAUGCAUGGUAAGAUACCUACAUUAAAAAUCUCAUUAAUUCAAAUAUUCAGAGCACAUUUAUGGUAAAAGAUACAUGAAAGUGUAGUAAUGGAUUUAUGUUAAGUAUUUGAUAUGGAAAUGGAAACAUUAGAAAUAGAAACAGUUUAAAAAGAAACAAUUCAUCCAAGAAAAUCUUAUAAAAUGAAUUCAUCUUGUGCUGAUAUAUUAUUAUUUGCUGCUUUCAAAUGGCCUAUUAGUAAACCUUCUUUGAUUCAUGAUACUAAAGAUACUUAUGAUGGAACUACUACAUCUAAAUAUUGGCUUGAUGUUCAAUUAAGAUGGGGAGAUUAUGAUUCUCAUGAUAUUGAAAGAUAUGCAAGAGCCAAAUUCUUAGAUUAUACUACUGAUAAUAUCAGUAUUUAUCCAUCUCCAACAGGAAUGUUAGUGGCUAUAGAUUUAGCUUACAAUUUACAUUCAGGAUAUGGUAAUUGGUUCCCCAAUUCUAAGAAUCUUAUUCUAUAAGCAAUGAAUAAAAUUAUGAAGGCUAACCCUGCUUUAUAUGUUUUAAGAGAACGUAUUCGUAAGGGUUUAUAAUUGUAUUCAUCUGAACCUACUGAACCAUAUCUAAACACUUAAAAUUAUGCUGAAUUAUUUAGUAAUUAAAUCAUCUGGUUUGUUGAUGAUACAAAUGUAUAUAGAGUUACUAUUCACAAAACAUUUGAAGGUAAUCUAACAACUAAACCUAUUAAUGGUGCAAUCAUUAUUUUUAAUCCUAAAACUGGAUAAUUAUUUUUAAAAGUUAUUCAUACAUCUGUAUGGGCAGGUUAAAAAAGACUUGGAUAAUUGGCUAAAUGGAAAACUGCUGAAGAAGUUGCUGCUUUAAUUAGAGCUUUACCAGUUGAAGAAUAACCUAGAUAAAUUAUUGUAACAAGAAAAGGAUUAUUGGAUCCAUUAGAAGUGCAUCUAUUAGAUUUCCCUAAUAUUGUCAUCAAAGGAUCUGAACUUUCAUUACCAUUCUAAGCUAUACUUAAAAUUGAAAAAUUUGGAGAUUUAAUUUUAAAAGCUACUGAACCAUCUAUGGUUCUAUUUAAUUUAUAUGAUGAUUGGUUGAAGAGUGUUUCAUCAUUCACAGCAUUCUCAAGAUUAAUCUUAAUUUUGAGAGCAUUACAUGUGGCUCAUGAAAAAGCUAGAAUUAUAUUAAAACCAAAUAAGAAUGUAAUUACUUAACCAAAUCAUAUAUGGCCAACCUUGACAGAUGAUGAAUGGGUCAAAAUGGAAGUUGAACUUAAAAAUUUAAUUUUAUAAGAUUAUGCUAAAAAGAAUAAUGUAAAUGUUUAAUCUUUAACUCAAAUGGAAAUCAGAGAUAUUAUAUUGGGUAUGGAGAUGUCUGCUCCAAAUUUAUAAAAAGAAACUAUAUAAGAUAUUGAAAAGUAAGCCAAGGAGGCAGCUUAAUAAACUGCAACAACAGUCAAGACAUCUAAUGUCUUUGGAGAAGAAUUAGCAGUCUAAGUUACUAAACCUUAUGAAAAUUAAACAUUCACAAGUCAUUCUGAUUGGAGAGUCAGAGCAAUAGCUGCCACAUCUCUUUACUUACGUACUAAUCAUAUAUUUGUGAAUUCUGAUGAUAUAAAGUAAUCAGGUUUUACUUAUGUUUUACCUAAGAAUAUUCUUAAGAAAUUCAUUUCAAUUGCAGAUUUGAAAACAUAAAUAGCUGCUUAUUUAUAUGGUAUCUCACCUCCAGAUAACUAAUAAGUCAAAGAAAUUAGAGCUAUUGUCAUGAUUCCUUAAAUUGGAUCAAGAGAUAAUGUCACAAUGCCUCAUUAAAUGCCAGAUUCAGAAUACUUAAGAAAUCUAGAACCUUUAGGAUGGUUACAUACUUAAUCUACAGGUAAAUACUUAGAUAUAAUUUAGAAACAAUGCAUUUGUCAACUUAUGAUAUCACAUUACAUGCUAGAUUGAUAUAAGAGAAUUAGAGUUGGGAUGCAGAAAGAUGUAUUGUUCAAACUGUCUCAUUCACUCCUGGGUCAUGUUCAAUCACUGCUUAUAAAUUGUAUAUUAAUAUUCUUAUAUUUAAAGAACUCAUUAAGGAUUUGAAUGGGGUAAAAACAAUAAAGAUUUGAAUGCAGUUCAUCCAUCAUCAACUUAACACUUUGAAAAAGUUUAGAUCUUAUUGUCAGAUAAAUUCAGAGGAUUUUUCAUGGUAUAUAUAAUUAUUUAAUAUUAUUCAGGUUCCUGAUAAUCAUAUGUGGAAUUACAACUUUAUUGGAUUAGGAUUAGUCUAAUAAAUGAAAUAUGGACUAAUUUUAUCAAAUCCAAAAGAUUUCUAUCAUGAAGUUCAUCGUUCAAGUCAUUUCAUAAAGUUUAUUAGGAAUGAAGAUAAGGAUCAAGUAGAUGAAGCAGAUAAUGAAGAUUUUUUAUCUUGA